UUCGGGAAAAGGCUGAUUGUCAGGUAGCGGUCCAGCUAACUUCAGAGCUAACUAUGCCUGGGAAAUGUAAAUUUCAGGACACCUGGCUGGCUAAGGACAUUUAUAAGGACUGGCUGGUUAAGGACAUGCACGAUAUUCACUUCGCCCGAUGUAGAGCCUGUUGUAGAUCAAUCAAACUCCAGACAAUGGGCGAGGCUGCGCUCACCAGCCACGCAGGAGGAGCUGGACACAAAGCUGCGGUGCGCAAGCUAAUGGAAGGUACUUUAAUGGUGGUGAAUGUAGAUGAUGAGAUAAAUGGCAGCGAUAAUCAGACUGAGGAAAGCAAGGAGCAAGUGGCCAUCUGCCUCCAGCGUGAUGCCUUGGACAGAAUAGCAGGCAGCAACUGGUCAGAUGUGCACCACAUUCCCACUACAAACUCCACAUCCCACAAUGCAGAGCUACCGGAUGUGGCAUUUCACUCUGCCUACUUCACAGCACCAGGCACGUCCAGGCUUGUCAGUCAUCGUCUCCAGUCAUCAGGCAGCGACACGGAGGAGGCUGGCAGCCACCGCUUGAUUCAGCAUGACUCCAUAGACCUGGCGAGAGCGGAGCACCAGCAGAGAACAGAGACCCUGGAGCAGCAGCAGCAGAUGAAGAUCUUGGAGUGGGAGAACAGGAUGAAGGUGCUGGCGUGUGAGCAGGAGCUGGUGAGGGAGAAGAGGAGAGCAGUUCGGCAGAAAGAGAAGGCCUUCAGGAUGAAGAAAGCGUACUAUAAAGCCAAGCUAAAAAAGAUGGGGGAGGACGUGCCACCGUCUUCCUCCAGCAGCAACGAUGAAGAGGAAAAAAACAUCUGAUCCAAUACAGUAAACUGACAACAACAUAUCUGUUUUUAUUUGUGCUUAUUGCACUCAUGUCUUCUUCUGUCAUUGAAUUGUUACUAUUUUUAUACCGUGCAUUGUUUUUGUACAUAAAUGCAGUGACUUCGCUGUUUUUACACAGAGAGAAAAAUUACUUUCCAUUGGGUAAGACUGAAUAAGAUAUUUGAAAAUGUUAAAAUAGAUGAAAUAGAAGUACUGCAGGUUCAAAACAGAAAUACAAUUGUUUCAUGCUACUCAAAAGUACCAACACAGUGGUGGAACUAACCACCACUCUGUCUCCAAUGUGAUGACUGUGUCUUCUCACACAUGGCUUUCAGAAAGAAUUAAGGUUCAAAGUCAACUGUACAACUGAAAAGAACUGAAAAGAGGUGACAUAUUGUAGAAAAGAGCUGCAAUUUACAUGAUGAUAUAAAUGUUAUAAAGAUUUACUUCAGAAAUCAACUGACAGUGUUAAUAUAAUUAUCACACUGUGUGUUUUAGACAUUCAUUUAGCAUAGAAUGGCUUUAAUAUUCAAAUUCACACAUGUUCUAAGAAUAGUAUUUUAAAAAUGUAUUGAGAUCUAAUCACUACAAAUGUAGAAAACAUUUUCAAAUGAACAAUCCUUUUCACACAUUAUUGUUGAAGCUGCGUCUUCAGUGUAUGUUCAAGAGAAUGUUUGCUUAAAUGUUUUUUGUUUUGCUUCCUAAAUAAAUGUAAUUAGUGGAGAAACACACAGCAUGGCCACACAAGUAUGUGGACACUAAUAAUAUCUGCAUGUUUGGUUGUUGAAUAUGGGGAAACCACUGAAAUUCAUAUGCUCACAAAAGUAUUGGUGAAUGUGGACUGACAUUAGACAAUAAGACCUGGCUUUCAGUCAUGUGAUGUAUGGAGUCAAAAAUGAUACUUAGACUGAUUUAGACUGGGAAGUUGUUUCCUGUCACUCAUAAGUGUCCACAUAGACUUAAAAUACACAGGAACUCUGACAGAGGCCAGGUCUUUCAGUUUCCCCCCCCAAAAAUACACAUUUUGGGAAAAACACCACAUCUAGUGUAGCAACAAGAGUUAACAGUGCUAACAAAAAAACUAAUAUAUUUUAAGACUGAAAUAAACCAGAAUAGACAACCAUAUGUGGUUUUAUAGUUAGCUAUGGGCUGUAAGUAUCUCUGGGUCUCUUAGCUUAGCUUGGGCAAGCUAAUAAGCUGCAAAGCUAAUGCAUAAAGGAAUAUACCUGUUUUCAUUGAACAUCCAGUUUUUGUUGCAUCUUAAUUUCUGUAUUAUGAUAUCUGUCAUGAUGGAUUAAAGUUUACAGCCCAAUAUCUG